AUGGCUAGCGUUCCUGAAUUCGCUAAUUUGUACAUUCAGAUGGACGAAGAUGUACAAAAAUUGUUACAUGGUAUCACAUACAAGACAAUACAAACACAAUACAAGAAUGCUGUUAAAAAUGUAACAACUCAGAUGAUUACAUAUGCUACAAAAUUGGCUAACAUAGAGCAUGACUCGAAAUUCUCCAAUGAUAAAACUGUGGGGUGUUGUAUGAUCGACUACCAAGCCUCGAGAGUAAGAAGUCCCGUCGCCGACCUAUAUUACAUGAUCUUCCAGUGCACUGAUUACGCAACGAGAAAGAAGCAUUACGAUGACUGGAUCAAUUAUUAUCACUCGCAAUUAGACAAAAAUUUGUCCAACUACGGACUUAAAGCUAACUACACACGUAGAGAUAAACUAGAUGCAGACUUAAAAAGAUUUGCCAAGGCGUCUAUUGGUCAAAUUAUCUUUGUGACCAUGGUUAUAUUCAGAGAGUCAGCUAAUGCCGCUAAAUUGCAGGAUGCGAUGAAAAAAGUAGACUCUAACACAUCUAUGCAGGAAAUAGCCGAUCAACUUAAAUUGUCAGGAGUAGAUACGGAAACUAUAAAGAAAUUUCUAUCUAAAAUUGAAGGAGUUAUUGAUAGCUUUAUUGAGCUUGGAUAUCUUUAG